AAAAACAAUUUUCUUUAUUUCAGAUUAAAGAAAUCAUCGUCAAUUCUUUUUGUCACUUCUAUAUAUAGAUAAAUAAAUAAAUAAUAAAAUGACAGGUUCAGAAAAAACUUUAGGUGGUAAAGCUGUUAAUGCUGGUGUUGUUGGUGCUAUUGGCGGUUCAGUUGUUGCCUUUAAUAAAACCUUUAACUACAGUGUAUUCACAAACGAUCCAAAAGGAUUCGUAAACACAUCCAGACCAUUCUUUGGUCAAUGUAUCACUGCUGGUGCCCUUGGUUGUGCUGCCUACACCAUCACUAAACAUUAUUUAGCAGAAAUUCGUGGUACUGAUGAUUACUUAAAUAGUUUCGGUGGUUCAAUCGUCACUGCUGUUACCCUUGGUGCUUUAAGCAAUUCAUUAAAAAUAGGUGUUAAAUCAGGUUUAAUUUUAGUUCCAAUUACUUUUAUGGCUCAUAUUCUUACCAAUGAAGUCAAGAGUGCUCAAGUAUUAUAUGAAAGCAGAUACGAUACUGAAGCCAAACAAAAAGUUGUUAGACACAAAUUCCUUGAAUCUUUAAAACAAUAA